CUUGCACUUUGUGCUCUGUCGGUCCAGCGGCUGAUAUGAUUUGGUGAUGAUGACUGCAUAAUCGGUCUGUUGGUGGCUACCAAUCAAGAUUGGCACAAUGGUGCUGUGCGUUUUCCUGCCUCUCUGACUCCCAUGUGAAAUUGCACUUUGGGCCCUUUAUGCUUUCUUCGAUGUAUCAAUAUGGAAAAAGGAAUCCCGGACCGCCAGCCCAGACCACAGUCACUGUAAGCAUUAGGGAACAUGUCCCCUACCCUAGUGUCAAGCCAGGGAACAGGCGGCUGAGCCUUGUUAGGGGUGAAAUGUCAAAUAUCUAGCCAUCAGAAGGACGACGAUAGCAGCUGAUGCACAGUUUCUGUUGAUAGUUUCCAAAUUACUACUUUUCGUCUCAUCUACCCAUGGCUGAUUAUCAUUUCGGUAUUGAGAUUGAAGUCAUUGUCGGACCUCACAAGGUUCGGUCACCACUUAGCACUCAGCAUGCUCUGUACUAUGGCAAGCUUGCUGCGUCCCUCCGAAAACGAGGACUGAAGGCCAAGGCGGAUGACUUGCAACAAGGCUACACCAAGCGACCCGAACACUACGACAAAUGGUGGAUCACCAAGGACGGAUCUCUUGGGUCCCAUACAGAUAAGAUUCCAAUGGAGGCUGUCUCCCCAGUCCUCAGCUUGAGGGCAAACUGGGAACAUGAGAUCGACGUAUUCUGGACCGCAAUGCGUGUUGUUUUUCAUAUGCCUGAUCGAUCGCUUCUUUGCGGGAGCCACAUCCACGUAUCCAAGGGUCUCAAUCAGACAUUCACCCUUCCUCAAGUUAAGAAGAUCGCCUUUGGAGUCGUCUAUUAUGAACCGCUCAUCCUCCAGCUUCUCAUGCGAGAGCGAGCGAACAACCGAUACUGCAAGCAAAAUACACUGAACUCGACGCAGCUGAUGCGCUGCAACGGCAGCUAUAACGCUAUGGCGGAGCUCAUCAAGAGUGCAACGAGCACGACGACCCUGAAGAACAUUAUGCAGAACGAUAGGUACGUUCUGUGGAAUUUCGACAACAUCGUCCCUCAGGGCUCUGGAACUAUUGAGUUCAGAGGCGGUAGGUGCCUCAGGGGAGAGAUCAGAACAAAGCGAUGGAUUGCUUUUACGAUUGCUUUGAUACAAGCUCUACUCAACAUGAAUAACAUCUCAAAUCCGAAUGUUUCGACUCUGGAAUCAUGGACGCCAGAGGGUCUUUACACUAUGAUCAAGAAAGCUGCCAGUCAGCUUUCUUUGAGAGACUCCCUCCCGGAGGACUGGAAGGUCUUGAAUGAAUCCCAGAGAUGA